GAAGAAUAUGAGUUGAAAAGUUCGACUAUUCUCUCUCAGAAGAGUGCCCAGAAUUCAAGUGAAAAACCUCAAAUGCCGACUCGGUAUUUAGCCGGUUUUCAUGACCAACAACUCUUGGACGUACGCUGUGUGAAAGGAACGCUUAAGAUGGCUACAUACAAGAGUGACAAACGUUAUGAUGGAGACGAAAAUAUCGUGAUCGGCUUUGAUAUUGGUACCACCCAAAGUGCAGUGUCCUUUUCUUAUGUAUACCCUGGAGAAUAUCCUGAGGUCAUCAAAUGGCCUGGUCAACCCGAGUCUAGUGGUGAUUCGAAGAAUGGCAAGGCUCAGGCAUUUGGAGCGGAAGCACGGGAAUACAUGGAUGAUGAAAGUUAUGAGAUAGCUUCAUGGUUCAAGUCGAUGAAAACAUCUGACCUACCACCCUCUUAUGGCAACCCUCACGAAAACUCGCGAAUUGAGAUACCAGAUCUACCGCGAAACACAACACUAAAACAAAUAUAUUCCGAUAUGAUCCAGUACUUGUACACCAAGACGAAGAAAUUCUUCGCAGAAAGCUUACCUAGUGGGCAGAAUAUAUGGAAUCGACUAGAAACCUCAAUUGUGCUAGUAUUUUGCAUGCCAAAUGGCUGGGAUAUAGCGCAACAAUCCCUCUUUCGUCAAGCCGUCAUUGAUGCUAGGCUCGUCCGCGCAGAAGAAGCAGAUGAUAGAAUAGAGUUUAUUACGGAGGGAGAAGCGUCUGUUCAUUAUGCACUAGCGCAUACAAGAAGCUCUAUGUGGUUGGAGAGGGGUAUACAUUUCACCGUUGUUGAUGCAGGAGGGUCCACCAUUGACAGUACCCUCUACGAAUGUAAAAGCGUACAACCCCUUCAACUGGAGGAGGCUGGUGGUGUGUUUGUGGAUCGUGCCGCCCGACGUAUGUUGGAGAAUAAAUUGGGAAAUUCUCAGUUUAACGAGGAUGAAUACCUCAAGGAGAUGGUUAGUGAAUUCGAGAAGAAGACCAAACGUCUCUUCGAUGGUACCCAGUCGUCGAAUGUGGUUCAAUUCGGUAGAGCCCGAGACAACGACAGAUCUCAUGGGAUUUUAAAAGGAAAAAUAAAUCUAACUACAGCUGAAGUUAGGUCUACGUUUGAUGAUACGGUCGCUAGAACCGUCAGCUCGUGCGGAAAGCUCCUUAGUACUUGCGGAUUCGGAGAGUCACCAUUCCUCCGGAAGCGUCUAACAGAGUCGUUUGAACGAGUGGAGAUAGUGACAGUUGAUGAGCCUUCGUUC